ACUUUGUCUGAAAUGCGAAGCGUAAAAUGGAAAAUUUGUGGUUAGAAUAACAUUGCCAAAUUUCAUCAGAAGAAGUUCACGGUGAAAGUGUUUUUAUACGACAUUUGUGAUACACAAAUAACAUUUAACGAAAUGGAAACUGUCAAUUCGAUUGAAGAUAUAAUAGAAAUGUCAGAAUCGUUGAUAACACGCGUUUAUUAUGCUGCCAAAGAUGGUAUGGCUAUUGUGCUUUAUGAUCUUCUCAGUAAUAAACCAUUUGAACAAGUUAAUUAUGUGAUUAAUAAAAAAGUAUUGGAAGAAGAUGGACAGCAAUGUACACCUUUAAUAAUAGCUGCAAGAUAUGGUCAUGAUAGAGUGGUUAAAAUAUUGCUUGAUAAAUUUAAACCCGACUUAGAACAAGAAGGGACGGUUAAAUUUGACGGAUGCGUUAUCGAAAAGGCAAGUGCUCUUUGGUGUGCAGCUGGCGCAGGACAUUUGCCAGUUGUAAAAACUUUAGUAAAAGCAGGCGCAGAUGUCAAUCAUCUGACCGAAAGUCAUUCUACGCCUUUGAGAGCAGCUUGUUUCGAUGGACGGUUAGAUAUAGUUAAAUAUUUAACAGAACAUAAUGCAAAUAUAAAUAUUUCAAAUCAUUUUAAUAAUACGUGUCUAAUGAUAGCUGCAUACAAAGGCCAUUCAGAUGUAGUAACGUAUCUUUUAGAAAAAGGCGCAGAUCCAAAUGGAAAGGCAAAUUGCGGUGUUACAGCAUUACACUUGGCUGCUGAAUGCGGACAUACUAUUAUAGUAUCCGAAUUAUUAUCGUACGGAGCGAAAAUGACAAAGGAUGUUAGGAAAAUGACACCGCUAAUAGUUGCAGCAGAGCGUAUUAGAGCCAUUGUUGUCGAAUGGUUAAUACAAUGCGCAGGAGUAUCUAAAGAAGAAACGAUCGAAGCAUAUGAACUUCUUGGUGCUUCUUAUGCUAAUAAUGUCUAUAAAGGAAAUUAUUCUUUGGCAAAAGCAUAUAAAUAUUUCUGCAAAGCAAUGGAGCUUAGGUUUAUGGAUCCUGAAAACAUUAUUCAUAAAAAAUUAGGUGAAUCGGUGAAGGCGUAUGAUAAUUGGAAAGAAUGUGAGACAUUAGAAAAGCUGAAAAGUAUUAAGAACAAUCAGAAUGCUAUUAAUAUGGAAUCAUUGGCUAUUAGGGAGAGAAUUCUAGGGCAGCAUAAUCCAGAAUUACCACAUCAUAUAAUAUUCAGAGGGGCAGUAUUUGCAGACUAUGCCAGGUUUGACAGAAGUAUAGAUUUGUGGCUUCAUGCUUUGAAUCUAAAACAGUUAAAUAAAGUAUCGGUUGUAAAGGAUCUCCUUAGGUUUGCACAGAUAUUUUCACAAAUGAUACACGUCGGGGUGGAUUUCGAUUUUUCUCAAGUUUUGAGUGUUUUGGAAGCUUGUGUAACUGAACUUAGUCGUAAUAAAUCUGAAAUCAAUAAACCUGUUUCUAAAGAAGAUAUUGACCAACAUAUUAAGGAGAUGGAAUCGAACAUUACAAGUACACUGUAUAUAUUAGCAAUAUUAACGAAACUUCUAACAGCGAAUGAAAGUAGAUAUACGGAAGAAGAUAAAGAUAAAGCGUAUCGACUAGUUCAUAAACUCUGCAUCUUACAAUUAAGUUUGAGGGAUGGACAGACAUUACUACAUCUUGCCGUGAAUUAUGAGACUCCUGUUGAUGACUUCCACAUUAAUGACACCUGCAAAUUUCCUUGUGCCGAAACGGCAAAAUUACUUGUGCGUUGCGGGGCUGACGUAAAUGCUAUGGACAAUAAAAGAAAUACGCCAUUACAUGUGAUCGUUAGUUGCAGAACAUCAGUUAGUGAUUUUGCAACACUUUAUUCCAUUAUUAUGGAACUUACAGACGCUGGAGCACAUAUGGACACUGUAAAUAGUCGAGGAAAAACUCCAUAUUAUGCUGCCACUACAGGUGAGGCAGAAUUAAUAUUGCGGACUCGGACAAAAUUGUCAUUGAAAUGUAUGGCUGCGAAAGCCGUAAAGACAUACAACUUACCUUAUUGCGAACGAGUGCCUCGUUCUUUGGAAAGUUUUAUUGAACUGCACGGGCCUGGACUUAAUUAGGGUUAAAAUUAUUACCGAACAAUAUAAAUUUUUAAUAAAUAAAUUACACUCGUAAUUAAGUAAAAUUUAUAAGAUUAAGCUAUAAGUUUUG